UGCUUUAAAUGCGUAUUUUGAAAUCCCAAAUAAAUUACAGAUCAUUUGAAGAAAUGCGGUAUCAAUUAUCUAUAGGUUUGCUUUUAUAAGAGACGAAAUUAACGUUAUUAUUCGGUCUACUCAUGAUUACGGCGUAACCUGGUCUAAACGUCGAGAUAAUUUCAGUAAAUUAUCAUAGUUUACCUAAAUGAUCGCGUUAUAUCCCAUCUCAUUAAAAUUUUAAUAAUAAACAGUUAAAAAAAUAACGUUAUUGUUAUUUCACAAAUAACUAACUCUUUAAAAUGCGUUGUUUUUCAUUCUUUUCUUGUGUAUAAGGUUGUCACACUGGUAUGCGACCGUCUAAACAGCUGUCAAUGUUAAAACCCCAAUGGUGAAAUAUGGGUGUAACAAGAAGAUUUCUGAAUUGGUACGGCAGGCUAGGGCCUAGUCAUGGGAAAACAUCUCCACCGUACGAGCAUGUCGUCCAAGUAGGAGACCCAACGUUACGUAAAGUUUCAGAAGUAGUGCCUGUUGAUAGAAUAAAAUCAAACGAUGUUCAGAAUGUUAUCAAGAAGCUACAAUAUGUGCUCAAUAAAUAUGGGAGUGUAGGAAUGUCUGCGCCGCAAAUUGGCGUUAAUAUGAGGAUAUUUGUAAUGCAGCACACACCUAAACAAAUAUCGUAUAAUUCUAAAGAAAUUAUCAAGUCUAGGGGAUUAAGUGCAGUACCGUUUACUGUGUUCAUUAAUCCUAAGUUGAAAGUAAUUGAUUAUAUAAAAGUGGUUCACACAGAAGGCUGUGAAAGCAUACAAGGUUAUUUGGCAGAUGUGCCAAGGUAUAGAGAGGUUGAAGUUACAGGCUACAACUCGGAAGGUGAGAGUACUUCUAGAAUAUUCAAAGACUGGGCAGCUAGAAUAGCUCAGCAUGAGAUAGACCACUUGGAUGGCAAGCUAUACAUUGAUAUAAUGGAUAGAAAGACAUUCACAUGCACAUGUUGGGAGGAAGUGAAUUUGUCAAAAGGAAAACUUGUUAUACCAUUUCAUCCUGAAUAAAAUAAUUUAAGAGUUUAA